UCACUCUUCCUCGUCUGAAGCCUCGUCAUUGGAUCGCUCUGAAGCGCUUCUCACUCAACCUGUGCCUCCCUCGGACCGACUUGACACGCCCUCGAACCGUACUUUCUCUUCUUCUUCCUCAAACUGUACUUCCUCUGUCUCAAAUCCUCCUGCUUCGCCCGUGGACCAGUGCUCGCCUUUUACGACUCGGUCUUCUUGUCCCUCGCCUCGCCCUUCUGCAUCUUCGAUUGACCCGCCUGCGCCCUCGACUCGCCCUGCUUCACCCUCGACCGCUCCAGCCUCUCGCGUUCCGUCAGCUGACCGUGUCUGCGAGGCCUCGUUGCUUUCCGAAGGCGAGUCCGACGUUCUGCUUUCCGACAUGGACGUUGAUCCGGCGGAAGGGCGCACGACCUCGUACGAAGAGGCGGGUACUUCCCCAUACCAUCGUGCUACUCCUGGCCCUUUGCUCGGUACCUGCGAAUCAGGUCCCUGUCGCUCUUCUUCGCCGCCUGCGUCAGACUUGGGCGAUACGCUGGACUUUGACGAUGACGGCGACUUCAAUGCGCAAGACCGACCAUAUGUUCACGAGAGCGGAUGCGUCUUUAGCGCGCCACUAGAUAUGCCUCCCAGUCGAGGCGAUGGUCAAGGUCCCUCCGAUCCGCGCGACGCCUCCCCAACUUAUGCGUCGCAUGAAGCCUCCUCGAUCAUUCGAAGUACUCCUCCGGACCCCCAUGAAGGCGACCUCUCCCACAACGAAGUUACGCUGGAACUCGACGAAUCUGAUUGUGCCAUGGACGACGAAGUCAACUGCGCCCUGUCCUAUGGCGCGUCUUCCGCAGACAAUGCGCCCUCCGAUAGCGCCGGAGCCCCUUGCGCCCUUGACGAGGUCACCUUACCUGUCAACUGUGAUAGCCUUUCCGUCAGCAGUGAUGCCCUCCCUGUCAGCGGUCGUGCUCUCUCUGCCGGCGGUGUCGACUUUCCUAUCAGCGCUCUCACCCAUCACUUUAGCGCUCCCACUUCGCCGCUCAACAGUCUCACCCCUCCUCUCAGCGGCCCUGGGCUAGCCUUGAACGUGGCAACUUCGCGUAUAGAUGACGCUCGGCAAGGUUCGUGCGCAGCCCUUCCAGGCUUCGACGAAGGCGCCUUGUUGCCGGAGCGGCGCGUCUUGUGCUCGGAGGGGCGCGUGCGGUGCCCGGAGAGGGACACCGUGCACCUAGGCAAGGACACCAUGGACCCAGAGACGGACGCCCUAUGCGCGGAUACCAAGAGAGGCUCCAUGCACUCGGUGCAAUCCUCCCCCAUAUCGCCACAGGACGAUAUCUGGUCCGACAAUGACCUCGAGGUGUUGACAGUGGUUGCCGAAGCGGGUCAGCCGCGCCUGGGCGCCUCGAGUGCUGGAUUGAAGGCCGGCGGACAGGAGCUGGGCUGGAAGGCGGAUCUGGCGGGCGAUAUGCUUCAUCUGACGGACGAUGUACUCGAGGAUCUAUCCGACGACGCGCCCUUCCACGAGAAGGAUGACGAGUCGGAUCGGGAGCAAGGACGCUGGCGACUCGGAGGGGAGACUGCGGGCUCCUUGGAUGUUCUGUGGAAAGCUGGAGUGUUUUCGCACGACGAAGGUCUGCUCUCCGACAGCGAUGACGAUCUACGAUAGCUGGUCUUGCGGUACGUACCGAUACCUACUCUAAACUGAGUUCGAUUUGGGCUUCGUCUAUCUCUGUUAUGUCUUCGCCACGAGUUCAACGCAAAACGAGCGCCCGUCCGUCUCAAGAUAGACUUCAAUGAAGUGAGUUGCCAGGUCUAGAGCGCGAGCCAUUCAAGGUUGGAUUGCUUUGGGAUAUCCGAGGGCGGGUUGCCGUGUGCACAGCCCCGUGGCUGAUGCCAAUGCUGCGCUGCGAUGUUGACGUGGAGGCAUUGGAGCAAUCCUGGGGUCAUUAUUGGGCU